AUGAAAUGCCAGGAGAAGAACGAGCUCCAGUGCCUGAACAGCAAAUUUGCCUGUUUCAUUGACAAGGUCCGGUUCCUGGAGCAGCACAACCUGAUGCUGAAGACCAAGUGGGACUUCUUGAAGGAGAAGAAGCGCCAGAAAAGCCACAUGGAGCCCCUGUUUAGCGAAUACAUCAGUAGGCUGAGGAAGGAGCUGGAGUGCCUGGAAUGGGAGAGGAAUCAGCUGAAGGUCGAAAUGAACAAUUGGAGAGAAAGCAUGGAAGGGAACAAGAAGAGGUUUGAGGAAGAAUGCAGUCGAAGGACCUGUGCUGAAAAUGAAUAUGUUGCAAUUAAAAAGGAAGUGGAUUGUGUCUUCAUGGACAAGUCACAGAAAGAAGCAAAGGUGGAAACUUUAAUGCAAGACAUCUGCUUUUACAGAAAUACAUUUGAAGAGGAAAUAUGUGAGUUGCAGUCAUGCAUCUCAGACACUUGUGUCACAGUGAAAAUGGACAACAGCCGAGGCCUAGAUGUGGGCUGCAUCAUUGAAGAGUUCCACCGUCGGUACGAAGACAUUGCCUCCCGGAGUCGAGCUGAGGCUGAGGCUUGGUGCCAGUGCCAGUACCAGGAGCUGAGGACAACGGCUGCCAAACACUGUGACAAUCUACGCGAUGUCAAGGAUGAACUUGGUGAGCUGACUCGGUUGGUUCACCGAAUGCAGGCUGAAAUCUCAAAUGUCAAAUCCCAGCGCUGCAAACUGGAAGAGGAGGUAGCUGGAGCUGAGGAACGUGGGGAGAUGGCGCUGAAGGAUGCCAAAUGCAAACUGGCAGGUCUGGAGGAGGCCUUGCACAAAGCCAAGCAGGACAUGGCUUGCCAGCUACGGGAAUAUCAGGCACUGAUGAACCUCAAAUUGGCCCUGGAUAUUGAGAUUGCCACCUACAGGAAACUGCUGGAAGGAGAGGAGUUCAGGUGA